AUGUUCCACUCCCUGGUCUUGCUCCAGUUUGUGGCUCUGCCUUGGCUGGUCAUUGGAGAACAUCGCAUCAUAGGCGGCAAUACAGAAAGUAUUAAGGUAGUCCCAUGGUAUGGUUCGCUUAUAGCAAACUCUAAACUGAAGUGCGGCGGUGUGUUGGUCAAGAACAACUACUUCCUGACAGCCGCCAAGUGUGUGGAUGGCUUUGAUGUAAGUGAUCUGCAACUAAGGUUGGGCACCAGCAGCUGCGAAUCGGGCGGAUCCAAGGUGGGAGUCUGCAAGGUGAAAGUACAUCCACAGUAUUCAUCCUGGCGCUUCGACAACAAUCUUGCCCUCCUGAGGACCUGCGAGCCACUGGUGGCCACCGAUGAAAUAAAGCCAAUUGAGAGCUCCGACAAGAUUCCGGAGGACAAUUCACAGGCCAAUGUCACCGGCUGUGGUGCCCGAAGGGGCAGUGUGUUCGAUAUUGACAAAGGCAGGGCGUUUGGCGGCUUUUUCGACCCGUUAACCGAUAUGUUUCUUAAUCUGCCUAAGCAAUUGCACAGCGCCGAGGUGCAGAUCCUCAACCAAAAUCAGUGCUCAUCAGACUGGAAAAAGAUUGGACUUAGAUUUUCCUUCUUGCUAAAAGGAAUCUCCGAGCUGACACUCUGUACCCAAACAUCCGGCAAGGGAGCCAGCGUCUAUGAUAUGGGUGACCCUUUGGUGGUGGACAACAAGCUCGUGGGCAUUUUAUCCAAGCCAGGCUGUUCCGCUAGGCCCGAUGUGUACGCGAAUCUCAACCAGCACAAGACAUGGCUCGAUGAUAAUACCAAGGAGUAAUCAAGGGCCUCUUAUAAUAGUAAUAAACUAACAUCAAACUACAUAAUGGAACUUUGUUAUAAUCACCACUUUAUCUUAUAUUCAAUACAAAAAAUAUUAAUUAUUUAAGGUACACUUGUAAGAUCUCAGAAUAAAGAAGAACAUUGCGCAA